AUGGAGGCGGUCCUGCUCCAGGGGCUGCUGCUCCUCCUCUCCCUCGCAGCCCUGCUGCUUUACUGGUACAACACGACCUUCCACUACUUCUGCAAGAUGGCUUUCUUCAACAUCUGGAUCAUAGCCAUGGCCAUCCUCCUGUCCCCUAUCGCAGCUCUUCGGGGACGCUCCGUGGAGAACAUGAAGCUCCUGCGUGCUGCCAUCCUGCCCCUCAAACACUUCUACGGCAUCAAGAUGCAGGUGUGGGGCUCUGAGCAUCUGAACAUCAAGGAGCCCUACGUGAUCGUCUGCAACCACCAAGCUUCCCUUGAUGUCAUGGGCAUGAUGGAGGUCAUCCCUGAACGCUGCGUGCCCAUCGCCAAGAAGGAGGUCUUGUACAUGGGCAUUGUGGGGUUCGCCUGCUGGCUCAGCGGCUUCAUCUUCAUCAACCGCCACAAAACAGAAGAUGCAAUCAAUGUCAUCUCCCAGACGGCCAGGACCAUGCGGCGUGAGAAUCUCCGAGUGUUGAUUUUCCCUGAAGGCACCAGGAACCAGGACAAAUCCAUGCUGCCCUUCAAGCGUGGGGCUUUCCACUUGGCCGUGCAGGCUCAGGUUCCCAUUGUCCCUGUUGUGAUCUCCCCAUACUGGGAUUUCUUCAGCUCCAAGGAUAAGAAAUUCACCCCUGGGACGUGCACCAUCCGAAUCCUCCCCAAGGUAGAAACCCAGGGCCUGAGCCCAAAGGAUGUCCCCGAACUGACAGAGACUGUCCGCCAGGCCAUGGCUGAUGCCCUCGCCAAGAUGUCUGCGCAUCACCACGGGGACCAGCGCCCCGAGCAGCCCCCGCUCCCGCCCUGUGCUGGGGCCGGUGGUGCUGGCAGGGGGCUGGGCAGCCCCCAGGGCAAGGAGGAGACAACCGAGACCAGCGAUUAG